UGUAACAGGAAGAAACAUUUUACCAUUUCAGUUAACGAUGGAAAGGUUUAAAUGCGAGCCGUGUAGCCAGUUAAAAAGAUAUAGAAUUGGAGAAUAUUGGUGUAUAUCGUGCCAAGAACCUUUGUGCAAAACAUGCUUUAACUAUCACAACGCCCUUACUGCAACAAAAGAACAUAACAUGAUUUCUAUUGAGAAAUAUAAAUGUGUUUUGCGAACACUUGCUGAAAUACAAUUCACAUGUAAUGAACAUCAAGAAAAAGAUCUGCAAUACUUUUGCAAGUCUCAUAAUUGUCCUUGUUGUGUUUUAUGUAAAGAUUAUCGUCAUCAGUUAUGCCAAAGUGUUGUGCAGAUAAAAGAUGUUAUAGAAAUCGGUAAUAUAAAGGAAGUGUGUGACAAUUUUUCUGUCCGAAUAGAGAAGAACUUAAACAAUCUGAAAAUGCUUACAGUAAAUGCAAACACAAACAUUUCAGAACUUGCUAUGAAGAAGCAAAUGUGUUAUGAAAAUUUGCAGACUAACAGGGAGCGUAUUGAAAAGGCCUUAGACAAUUUCGAAUCGGAGACAAAAAGAGAAAUUGAGAAGUUAUUUCAAGCACAAGAAGACGACGUUCUUAGGCAACGAGGUGACUUUUUAGAAAAAACUAAAGAAAUUGAAAAACGUCGAAACAUUAUUGAAGAUAUAUUUGGUAUAAACAUAAUUCCAAAUGAAAAGCUAUUUUUACUACAACAGAAAUUAGGAAGAGAACUACACGACGACGAGUCUGUAAUCGAAACAUUCAUAGCUUCGUCAUCAAAACUAGAUUGCAACUGCAUAAUCGAUACUGAAAUUGAAGAGGGAAAUUAUUCCAUGAAGAUGACAAAAAUGUUUGAAUUUAAGACGAAACCAUUUCAUCAAAUUGUUGAUAAUGACAGUGAUCUGGAAACCUCUUCAAGCAUAGAAUCAGAGGAAAAUCUAACUAAGAUGAAAAAUUCCCCAGGAUAUAGAGUUCUCCCUUUACCUCCUUGCAGUGAAAUUCGCAAAAACAAAGCGUUAAGUUACAAAAAUCAUUUCAAAAUAAAAAAAAACGAUAGUGUGGCAGAAAGUGAUAUUCAAUUUAUCAAAGUCAUUCAUAGAAAUCGUGUUCUUAUUGGUGGAAAUGCCAUGAAGAAGUUAUUAGUGUACAAUAAAUCUGGAGGUAGAAAAGGUGAAAUUCAUAUGGAAUUUCCGGCAACUUCGGCUGUUAUUAUCGACAGAAACACAGCAGCCGUAACGGCACACAAAGCCGUCGUAAUUGUUGAUACAACCUCGUACAAGUUCAAAGGACUAAUCCCACUUAGAGACAUAUGUAUUGGUAUAGCAUUUAUUAACGGAUUUCUUGUUGUUAAUUGUGAAGAUCGAGGAAUACUAAUUAUGGACCUGAAAGGAAAAAUAAGUAAAACAUUUUCACUAAUAAAAGGUGCUAUGCUAUUUUGUUCAAUAACCACUGAAACAAUAGCAGCAGUUCAGCUUUACUCGUCCAAAUUAAUUUAUCUUAAUAUUAACUCCUCAGAUAUCAAAACCAGCAAGAUGGAAACUUUUAGAAACAUUAACUGUGUCACAUCUGAUUCAAGUGGGAGCCUUUUUGUUUCGUCCUGCAAUCAAAACAAAAUUGGUGUAGUUAAUAUUUCACAGGAGAGUUGUGUAUUAUUGUUGAAUGGAAAUGAAAGAAUUGAUAAUCCGCUUAGUGUUGACUUUGACAGCGAAUCGAAUGAACUGGUUAUAUUAAAUAACAAUGGACGUACUGUUUUCAUAUUUGAACGAAACAUUUGAAUAAUAAAUUGAAUGUUGAGGGAUCAACUCCAGUGGCAAAUUUUUAAUGCUGAUGUUUAAGGUCGAGAACAAAUUAAUAAUUCAUAAAAUAGGUAGGGUCUACAAGGAAGAUCAACCGGAAUGAUGAUAUAGUAGAAAGGGACAGACAUUUUGAAUUGUAACAGGUCAACUACGAACCCUUCUUAAAGUUGUUGCAAGGUGCAGAAAGCGGAGUGCUUGUACUCGCAGUACAUAAGACAUUGGAUUUAAUGUCCCAUUCCAAAAGGACGUUGCUGCGUUUUUAUACAUCACGGACACCCAAAACUAAUGACGAGUAAGCCAAUGUUUUUACUUCAUGUUCAAAAACAUUUUUCAAAAAUUCAUUUAAAAUAUCCUUGAGCGAAUGCAACUGUUUUAGCAUUCAAUGUGUAUUUAAGUUGAAUGAUUUCUGUAUACAGUAUUUACAGCAAAAAGACCUUUUCAUAAGUGUAUUCAUAUAUUAGAUGAGCAUAAGCUGGCAAAUUCAUUACCACUGAAUUGACUUAAGAUCUUUAAUUGUAUUGUGAACAAUACUCUAAUACAUAGAGACAAAUUUGUACUUGAAAGUUCAUUAAUAGACUUUACAUUUUGUUAUAAAAUCAUAUUUGACAAUUUCGUAACUGUAUUACUUCAAUUGCGCUUAAAUAUGUAUCCUGCAACAAAUCAAAGACAAAUCAUUCUAUUCAGAUCUACCAAUAUUAUCUUCUUUAAAAUUAUAUUUCAACUUUAGUCUUAUUGAAAGCUUUAAAAUAAGCCAAUAAAAAAAUAGGGUCACCGACCUCGUUUUCGAUUUAAAACGCCAUCUUUUUCGAAGAAUUUGGAAAUCGGAACUUGCAGUUCUUUGCCAUUACAUUUCUGUAAAAAGUCCGAAUCACUUGAAAAUUGCUUCUUUUGUUAACCUUAUUGUUUGUAGAAACUACAUUAUUGAUAAUGUCAUCUUUUUAGGAACAAAAGAUAGCGAUAAGUUGCUUGAACAAUUUUCCCGUCUUUUUAUUGUGAAAUAUCUAUGUUGAAUCCAAUAAUUUAAAAAAAGAUUGGCCAAUGUUUUUUCCAGAAGAAUUCAAUACAAUAUUCAUUUUUAUUUAUAAAUCAAAAUAAAAGAAAAAAAGUAGGGGCACUGUACCGGAUAAAAAGAUAUUUCGAAAUAAGAUUUAAAAAAAUGAAAUGGCGGGAACAAAUCACGCCAAUUCGGAAAGCAACGUUUUUAAACGUUAUAUAGAGUUGUUGAUGAAUUUCACGGGUUAGGGACCAAUAAUAUGCCCGUCAUUUUUUUCCGUUGUAAAUGUUGUUGUUUUUUUAAUUACAAUAAACAAAUGUUAUUAAUGUACA